AUGUCGACGGCAAAGGCCACCAAGAAGAGCGCGUUCUCCUGCGAGCCGUGUCGCAGGCGCAAGGUCAAGUGCGGCGGCGAGCAGCCCAUGUGCCAACGCUGCGCUGCUCGCAACGAUGAAUGCGUGAACCCGACGCUGUCGUAUACGCAGAGGCUGGAGGACCGCAUUAAGGAUCUGGAGGACCAGCUCGCAAAGGCCACGGCGGCAACACCACCGGUGGCCGCCAGCGACAGCAAAUCUCCCGCGUCAAGUCACUCAAGCCCUUCGGCCCAGCAAGACCCCCGGCAGCAAAUCGACGACAGCAUAGCCCGAAGUUUCCGAAGCCUCAAGAUAGACGACAAGGGCGGCAUCACCUACCAUGGAACGACCAGUUUCUUCAACCUCCCCAGUGACCACAGCUCUGCCGCCGUGGCUGUCGACUUACACGCCUCUGCCACCGAGGUCGAACACCAACGGAGAGAGCGCCUUGUCUCAAAUGCGUGGCAGCAACGUGUCUUGGAGGAGCACUCUGGAAUUCCCGAACCGUUCCAGACUCUUCUCAAUGUCCACUGGUGUUGGAUACAACCCCUCUUCAACUUCAUCUACCGACCUGCCUUUACUCGUGAUAUGCAAUCCCUGGGUCCGUAUUACUCCCAUACGCUCCUCAACGCUGUUCUCUCACAUUCAAUCCGAUGGGCAAAGAGCGAUCCAAAUACCAAGCGCAUUCUGGAUGAGUCGUACGAUGGAGGUGCUGUGUUUGGUAAGCACGCACGCAGCAUGCUGUUUGACGAACUGAGCAGGGGUGUUUGCACGAUCCCGACUGUUCAAACCCUGCUGCUCCUGAGCGCGCAGGAGUGCAGUCUUGGAAACACAACCCAAGCUUGGACAUACAGCGGCCUGGCAUUCCGACUAAUCGACCACUUGGGAAUUCAUGUCGACGGAGAGCGGUAUCCUGGCUCCGUCCAUUUCAGCGACGAAGAGGUGGAAAUCCGACAUCGAGUCUUUUGGUCCUGCUAUUUCUGGGACAAAAUCAUCAGUCUCUAUCUCGGUCGUUCACCAUCGCUCAAGCACACUACCGUAUCUCCACCUCAGAUCAUGUUUGACGACUCUGCUGAGAACGAGCUGUGGGUUCCGUUUGGCGCGCCUCCACUUCAAAAUGCACCUUGGAAGUACCCACCGUCCACCGCUCACUCGGCCUCGUGCUUCUUGAGCAUGUGCCGGCUAUCAGUCAUCUUCAACGAGAUCUUGAUUCACAUGUACGACCCACUCAUGCAGAAUACGGAACCCGAAGUGCAGGAGUGCUUGACUGCCCAGGAGCCGGCUCUGCAGCAGUGGUGGGACGAGUUGGCCCCGUAUCUGAAGCUGGAGCCCAUGGCCUUGCCCAACCUGGCCCCACCGUCUCAUAUUGUCACCACAAACUGUCUCUAUCAUACGUUCAAAAUCCUUCUUUACCGCCCGAUGCUCACUCGAAGAAAACUGGAAGAUGACGUUGCGUCACAUAAGCGCUACCUCGUCGAAUGCGUAACCUCCGCCACCGCCAUCAUAGCCAUCUUUGAUCUUUUCUGCCGGACGUUCACGAUGAACUACUGUGUGCUGUCGCUGGCGUACAGUGUCUACAUUGCUUCGUCCAUAUUUCUGCUCCAGGUCCAAGCAGCCCCAGAUGAUGGGCAAGCCCUUGAGCGGCUAAACUACUGUAUCGAAGCUUUGAAGCAAGUCAGGACGUUUAGCCCUGUCAUCGGCAGUGCCAUAAAUUUAUUGAGCAAGGAGCUUUCAGCGGUCGGCAUCUCGUUAGAUGUGCAAGACCACUACCAACCACCUCCGCCUCCUGCUGCCACCGAAUUUCCCCAAGGAAGUCCCGUGUACCAGGCUGCCGAGGUGCCCUCUUCGCAACCGCAGUCUGCUCACCCACUAUUUCAUGUUCCCUCACCUCACAGCUACGGCACCCACACUAUGUCCAUGGAUCCAGGAAUCUUUGAGGCAAUGUCAUCUUUAGAGCCACUCAGCGUCAGAGUCGGUGCUCUUCCUAAUACCGAUACGCAAAAUCCAUUUUAG